AUGUGCCAGGCCAACCACUUCGACCACGUUGAACAAGUUGAACAAGCAACUUGUACUGAGCAAUCAUGGAGGAGACAAUGUGGAUUUCAAGGUUUCGCUACUCUGCAGAAGUCUGAGCAAACUCUCCAAGACCUGUGUAAUGUGACCCUGGCCGUGUUCACAGUUCUCCUCAAUCUUCUUCCAGAGCAACGGUACCGGUCAUCUGACGUCACUCGUGAGGACAGACUUGUGCUGUUCUUGAUGAAGCUUAAGUUAGGAGUAAGCCUCAGAGCCCUUGCAACAUUAUUCGGGAUCUCAAGAUCGACUGCAAGCCGCGUGUUUCAUGUAACACUUGACUAUCUUUCUGUUAAGCUACAGGAUUGGGUGUUUGUACCUCCACGCCAUUGCAUACGAGAAGCAAUGCCUGAAUGUUUCAAGCGCCAGUAUCCUGACUGUACCUUUGUCAUAGAUUGUACCGAGGUCAGGACAGAAGCACCUUCACAGCCAGAGCAGCAGCACGAGCUGUACUCGCACUACAAAGGAACGUAUACGCUCAAGUGGCUCGUAGCCAUAACCCCAGAUGGAAUGGUGGCAUUUAUUUCACCUGCAUAUGGUGGGAGGUGUUCAGACUCUGAAAUUACACGUCACUCUGGUUUCUUGACACUUCUCAAGCCUAAUGAUGUUGUAUUAAGCGACAAGGGGUUCCCCUCUAUAAGGACAAGUGUGUCUGACCAAGGUGCUGUGCUCGUCAUGCCACCUUUUAAUCUUGGGGGAGGGCAGUUAUCAGUUGGAGACAUGACAGCUACAUUUGCUAUUGCUCAAGUAAGGAUCCACGUCGAGAGGGCAAUUCAGAGGCUCAAGCAGUUCAAUAUUCUUAAUAGCCGUGUGCCACUUUCUCUCAUACCAGAGAUGUCGAAAGUAAUGCGUGUGUGCAGUGCACUUGUCAACCUACAAACUCCCAUAAUAAGAUCCUAGGAUACUGCUAUGCUGUAUGAGAGAUGAACUUUAAUGUCCUUGAAGGU